AUGCGGAGGACUAUGCUAUCGAUGGAGUCUCUGCAGGAGGAGGAGGAGGAGGAGGACGACGACGAUGAAGCGGAGGAAGACGAGUGGGAACGGGAGAAGGACGCCGCCAUGUGGCGGAGCGUGCUGGACGAAGCGUCUCAGAAGACGUACUACUACCACAUCAUCUCCAGAGAGUCGGUCUGGGACAAGCCGCUAGCCCUGUGCUCGGCAAGAGAGAGGGCCGAUGUCGCGCGGCGGAACGACCAGCAGCGGAGCUUCUUCGCGGAGAUGGAAGGCAACAUCCGCACCAAGAUCGGCCAGGGGCUCCUCUUCGGAGGGGCGACGCCUCCUUCCAUGCCCUCCACGCCCGCGGGGGGGAAAUUCGCUAUUUCGAUGGUCGCGGGUGGCGGCACAGAAGAAGAAGAUCCUUCCGCCCAACAACGACUUCGACGAAAUUCUGGAGACCGCUUGUGCAGGACGAUCUCGACCAUGGAUGGUCGGGUCUCCUCCUCCUCCACCGGCGCCAGCGCCGCUACCUCGUGCAACCCAGGUGGCGGCAGCGGCGGUCCAGACUUGCCGCGCCGAAGUCAUCGCCGCCAGCUUUCGAGUGGCAGCGGUGGCAGCAGCAGCGGCAGCAUCUCGGCCGCCGGGGAGCUGGCGGGGGCGGACGAGUUCCCUGCCGGCGGGAGCGGCGCCGGGCGGGGCUCGGGUGUCUACCGUUACGAUGACGCGGGCGCGUGCGUUCGCGCGGGGGCGGGGUUGGAGGCCGCGAGGUUGGCGGAGCACGGGGGGGACGGGCAUUUCACGGAGGGGGCGGGGGCGGGAGCGGGGGUGGGGGCGGCGGCGGCGGUGCGGAAUCACCGGCACUCUCUGCCGCCCAGCAUCGUGAGGCGGAACUCGACCUCGACCAUCUACCUGGCUGCGCACGACACGCUGAGCGAUCCGGACCUAGACGCGACGAUCCGGUGCGUGUGCGCCGUGCUGCGCGCUCACAUGAUCGCCGCUUUGGCAGACGGGCGUGAGGAUGACGGCGGUGGCGGUACCGGUACCGGUACCGGCGGCGGCGGCGGUGGCGGUGGUGACGGCGGUGGCGGCGGAAGCAGCGUAUCUCGAGAAGGGGGCGGCGUGUGGGUCGGGGAGAGGCGGGACUGUUGGCGAGGGGUUAACGUCAAGGUGUUCGACGACCCCAUGGAGGAGGGGUCGCACGCGCCGGCGGCAGUGCCUGAAGGUGGCGGCGGCAGAGAGGCGGACGAGGCGGCGGGCGAGGCGGUAGUGGUUCCGCCGCUUCGUGACAUCACGGCGUUCUACCGGGACCUGUACCACCGCACCUGCCUCAAGUUCGACUCCAUCGUCCUGUCCCUUAUCUACAUGGAGCGACUGAUGAAGGAGACGAAGGGGGCGAUACGGCCACAGCCGUGGAACUGGAAGUCGCUCAUAAUCUCCGCUCUGGUGCUGUCGUCCAAGGUUUGGGACGACAACAGCAUGUGGAACCGUGACUUCAGCGAGGUGUUCCCGUCGUUCAGCCUUGGACGGCUCAACCAGCUCGAGGUUGCGGUGCUGGGAGUGCUGCGGUUCAACGUCAAGGUGCUGAGCAGCGAGUACGCCAAGUACUACUUCCAUCUCAGGGCGAUGUGCGUGAGAGGAGGCCUGUCAGAUUCCCACGCACCCAUUCACCCGCUCGACAUGGAAGGCAUCAAAGAACUCGAGGCCAUGUCUCUGCACAGCGCGAACGACGCCAAGCUGCUGAGGAAGGUGGCGAAAAGCGGCUACGCCUUCACCGACAAGCAUGGCCCUUCUCUCAGCCUCGAACAAGUGGUCAGCAGCAGCAGCGGCAGCAACCGCAACACCGCCACCAACAACAGCAGGCGACUCAGAUAAACUAAUAACGCGACGAGACCAGACAGACAGACAGAGACCAAACAUCGUAAUUUCGCAGUGGUCCUACCGGCAGUGUAGUUCCUCUGUGUUUGUUUUUAUCAACGUGACACGACGGCCCGUUCGUGUAGUUCAGUAAUCCCCCUUGGAAUUUUUCGAGGCAGAGAAAGAAAGGAUGGGGAAACUUGUAAGGGUCCACAGAUCGCAGGCGGUGCUUUUGACUGCUCCGUAGGCGCUUGUGGUUUUUUUGCAACAGAGGGGGGGAGAAAGAGGUGCAUGAGAGAGGGACAGCGCGGACAGCGCUGGCAGAACAUGGUGGUUAGAUAGGCACCACCACGGAAGGGGUACGGAAAGAAGAGAGGAGAGAGAACGGCCGCGAGAGAUGAUUUGUUUGUACUCUUUUUUGUUUGUUUUUCCAAUCCAAAGGUGUGUAAAAAAUAAAUAUGUAAAUGCCCAACACACACUUUUGAGUUGACAAUUUUUUGCGCGCCAGGAGUAUAUUAACGGUGGUACCAGUAUGACACCCCCCCCGCGAGGUAAUAUGUUGUCAUUCGUUAUAUUGUCUGGAAGAGCUCGCGCUUGCCAAGCUCACAAAUAGCUCCAUUCACUGCUUUUUUCCAGGAGGUGAGGUAGGUUUGAUUGUCCCCCCCCCCCACCCUCCACCCCGCACGACGAUUUGUUACUGCUGCUGUACAUUUAUGUGUUUUCUUUUCAUGUUUUUUAUUUUUUUAUACUGCAGGAGGGUAGUAGACCACCGUCCCUUUUUCCGUCCACCCAAUGUUUUUCAUUUUUCAGGUAGAUCUAUGAUAUCUGUCCUGUAGGUGUGUUUUUUUUUGCAGGUACAUCCCGAAAUAGGAGUGCGGCGGCGGGGUAAAUUGUGGACAAGUCAGGACGGUGUCGCUGUGGGUGGCGUUUUUUGUUUUUGGUGGCUCUGUCUUUUUUAGUGCUGAUUGUGUUUUGUCUGUAGCCCCCCUGUGUGUGUGUGCGAUGGGCGCACGCGAUGGCACGCGCACGUGUGUUUGGGAAAGGGGUCAUUUUCCGGGCACU